GCACCGUCUGGGAAGCUGCAAGCUGGCUGGGGUGGCCCUUGAUGGGUGGCUUGAAGAGCGCACAAUUUUCUAUCUUAUCACAGCAGCAAAUAGCUCUGGGAGUGUCAAUGGGCUACCGAGCUUCUCUUCCAUCUGUUUCCCAUACCACUUAUAUUUCUUUGUAUACCCUCGUCGAGCCCUGAUCGCAUCUUGACUGUCGUGAGACUUCCUCCUCACGUCACCUCGUCAUCGGAUCUCGUCCUCCACUGCACCUCUCCGUCACCACUACUGGCACCUCCGCAUUUUGCUGCACGACAUUCCCCCAUCCCCACUCCCAAGCCGGCCACAAUUCACUCGACUCGGCUCCGGCCAAGCACCUCGCCAUGUCGCUCACACGAGUAGCCUCCGUCGAUGGCUUCGAACGUGAGCGGAGAGGCUCCAACGUCUCUUCGCACCGAAGAAUGAGUUUCAACCCUGUCAGUGAAUGGAUGCCGCCCAAAGACCGGAAACCCAGUGUGGUCUCGAUCGCUCUGCAGUUUGAAGAAGUCUCCAAACAAAAGCGCAUACUUCAGGUUGUUGUUGCCAUAAUAUAUUGUCUCUUCGCCGCCGGAAUAGUCUUUGGCUACGCAGCCAUCAAACCUGUCUUGAUCGAUGAGGGCGUCUUCAAAGACCUGUGUACCCCAGAAGAGGUGGACCAACACGUUUCGCCAUGUUACAAACAAGAGAUCCGGUUGAACUUGAUGUUCACCGUGGCAGCUGUCUCGACCAAUGUCGCAGCCCUGCCCAUCGGCACCAUCCUUGACAAGUACGGUCCCAAAGCCUGUGGCCUCAUAGGCAGCAUCUUUCUCACGACCGGAGCACUGCUGUUUUCCUUCGCAUCAGAAGUCGAUGGCGACCUCUUUACACCGGGCUACUUCUUCCUCGCUCUUGGCGGUCCUUUCGUCUUCAUCUCCUCCUUUCAACUCUCCAACACUUUCCCCCAGAACUCAGGUCUCAUACUUGCGCUCCUGACGGGUGCGUUCGACUCGUCAUCAGCUCUCUUCCUCAUUUUCCGUCUCAUCUACGAAGCUACCGGAGGCAAACUGAACACACACCGCCUCUUCCUCCUCUACCUUGUCGUCCCCAUCUUCAUUUUCAUCGUCCAGGUCUUCAUCAUGCCCAAAGAAUCUUACAAAACUGUAAGUGAAGUGGUCAAGGACGCCGAAGAAGAGGUUAACGCUCCCACACCGCCCGAAGCGUCCGAAGAAGAACGCCGUACUAUCCAAGAGCGACGGGAGAGCACCAUCCAGGAGAUAUCGCUGCUAUUGGACAAGUCGACCAACACAAAACGCCAGAAGCGAGAAGAGCACAAGAAUGCAAAGUCCGGUGUGUGGGGAGCCAUGCAUGGCUACUCCGCCCUCCAGCAGAUCAAAUCACCCUGGUUCUGGCUCAUCACGCUUUUCACCGUCGUGCAGAUGACCCGGAUCAAUUACUUCGUGGCCACGAUCCGCCCCCAAGAACGGUACCUGCUAGGCUCCCCGGAGAGAGCGAAAAUGGUCAACGACUUUUUCGACGUGGCACUUCCCCUGGGAGGCGUGUUGAGUAUCCCUUUCAUUGGCAUAUUAUUGGAUAACACAUCUACGCCCUUCGCCCUAGGAUUUCUUGUCGUCGUAGCUACCAUCAUUGGCAUAUUAGGCUGUCUCCCAUACAUGUGGGCCGCUAUCGGCAACGUUUGCCUCUUUGUGGUAUACCGACCCUUCUAUUAUACCACCGUCUCGGACUAUGCCGCCAAAGUAUUCGGCUUUCAGACUUUCGGCAAGGUCUACGGGCUCAUCAUUUGCCUUGCGGGGCUUUUCAACUUCUUGCAGAGUCCUUUGGAUGCAGUCACACACAUGGUGUUCAACAACAACCCUAUCCCGGUGAAUGUGAUCCUCAUGAGCAUCGCAGUCAUCGUGGGCACUGCGCUAGUCACUUUCACCGCGAUCAGAGCGAGGACGAUGAAGAGAGACUUCCUCGAGGAUGAGGCGGAGGGCGCAACGGAGUCGCUCAUGCCCAGUGCCGUGGCGAACGGGAAUGGCUACGGGACGUGAGAAAAAAGUGAGAGUAAUAGUGUGAAAUGGGAUUUGUCCCCGUCAGGGCCUCGAAUGUCUGAGCAUAUGUGGCCAAGGAAUCUUUCCUCGAGCUCGAUAUAUUGAUAUUUGACCCUAGUGCAACACGAAAAGCUACCAGGCCAGAACCAGUUGGAGAGGCAAAUUGUCGAAUUUACUACGAUGUUGACAAAGUAUGUCCUGGCGUAUAGGCGUCCUUGAGUUCCCCCAAAAAGAAGAAGAAAUAUCUGGUUUAUGCACAAACUAUUUCCAGAGAUGACUGGGGAGAAGGGGGUGAAUGCUUUGUUGUUUAUUACCGUUCGGGCCAGUUGAUGAUCCCAGCACGCGACUCGAUCUGACGGGCGGAGAUAGAGUUGCACUGACCUGUGAGCAAGUCCUGCUCUGCGUGGAUGUGUGUCUCGGUGUGAGCGAGGGUGUUGUUUCGACGGCAUAUUUUGCGCACCUGUCAAUAGGUACAUACAUACAUACAUACACACAUACAUACAUACGAGAGGAGACCUGGGCGUCUCUGGGGGAGCAUCCUUCCUUCCCCGAGAUGGUAUAUAUGAAGUAUUGAUACUA